AACAACAUAGUUCAUCAUAAGACUGAUGAACAACAGAGUUCGUCAUCAGUCUGAUGAACAACAGAGUUCAUCAUCAGCCUGAUGAACAACAGAGUUCACCAUCAGUCUGAUGAACAACAGAGUUCACCAUCAGACUGAUGAACAACAGAGUUCACCAUCAGUCUGAUGAACAACAGAGUUCACCAUCAGACUGAUGAACAACAGAGUUCAUCAUCAGUCUGAUGAACAACAGAGUUCAUCAUCAGCCUGAUGAACAACAGAGUUCACCAUCAGACUGAUGAACAACAGAGUUCAUCGUCAGUCUGAUGAACAACAGAGUUCAUCAUCAGACGGGCUUCUCUGUGUUGUUUGCUCAAGGGAGGUCAUUGCCCCCUCCCCCCGCCGCCAGACUUUGUCGCGUUGAGCUGAUGAUGAACUUUGUGUGUGUGUGUUGAUGAUGAUUAACUUUGUGUGUGUGUUGAUGAUGAUGAUGAACUUUGUGUGUACGUGGCCCUUACGCGCUAUGGGGGCUGCCCGGGGUGUGGACGGCGUCAGACCACCGCCACCACCACCGCCUACGGGCUGCGGGAUUUCGGCGUUUUAACAACGCGGUGGGCGCGGCGUGGGUGAUAAAGACAACGUCGCUGUGUGUGUGUGGCGGGGGGAGGAGAGCGGAGUCCGCUAAGACUGUGCGACAUCAGCUGGAGAGUACUUGAGACAACUUUCGUGUAAACAACAACAACAGCAGCAGCAGCAACAGCAACAACAAAAAUCCAACCCCGGCUGUUGCCGACAAAAGCAGGAACCGGUAGCGCGCCUCCGUGGGUGGCGUAUACACCGUAUUGAAUUCCAAUUUCAUAUACGGACGACACAGCGCUUGCCUGCACUGCCGAGUGGACUUUAGCAGAGGUGUGCUGGGAUGUCUGAAACUUCUCCAAUUUGAGCAGACACGUGGGUGGAGCUAUGGCGCCCUCAUGGGCCCGGGUCAUCACAGUAGAGCCGCUGCUCUUCCUCUACAUGACCGCCCUCUUCAUCCAGGCCCCCGCCACACAGCAGAUCAUCCUGCAAAAGGUGUGCUGGGAGACGUACGGCACGACGGAGGCAUGCGUGUCGCCGCUGGAGGGCGACCAGGCCAGGGUGGUGCAGACGGGCGCCUCCACGCUCUUCCUGCUGCAGUCGCUCGCCACAAACAUCCCAGCCAUGAUUACCGCCUCGCUGCUCGGGACCUGGUCGGAUCGCUCUGCGUGCAUGAGACGCCUCGCAAUGACCCUGCCGUGCUUCGGGGCCGCGAUGGCCUCCGCCUUGUUGAUGGUGGUGUCCUCCUCCCCCGAGCUCUCCGUCUACUGGACGUUGGCCGCCUCCUGCAUCGCCUCUGCCUUGGGGGGUUAUGUCACCAUUUUGCUAAGUGUGAUGAGCUACCUGGCCACAGUGACGUCGCCUGACGAACGCCCGUGCCGAAUGGGCGUGCUCGAGGCCAUGAUCUUCAUGGGCGGCACGGUCGGGGGCCUGGUGGAGGGGGCCGCGGUCGCCCACAUGGGAUUCCUCGGCGUCUUCUCCAUCCAACUCGCGUGCAACCUGCUGGCGACGCUCUACGCGCUGCUGUGCAUCGCAUCGCCCGCCGAGCAGCGCAGCAACGAGGACGAGCGCCAGCCCAUCUGCUCCGAGGAGUCGGAGGAUACGGGCGUGCGCGCGACUGUGCCGCCCAUGAGCUGUCUGGAUGGGUUGACCACCUGGAAGGUGGUGUUCCGCAAGCGGGGCGAGCGUGGCAGGCUCGUCAUGUUGCUGUUGCUGGCAGUGAGCCUGCUCAACAUGGCCUGCAUUGUCGGCGACUCGCAGAUCCUCGUGAUGUUCCUGCAGUACCCACCACUUCACUUCACUAACGAGCAAUACGGCUACUUCAGUGGGGGCAGGACAUUCCUGGUGGGUAUGUGUCUACUGGUGCUCUUUCCGCUGUUGUUGAAGCUGGCUCGCGGCUUCACCCUUGCCAAGGGGGCCAUGCUGAUCCGGGUCAUAUCAUUUGGCCUCAUGGCCUGUGCCUCCGCUCCCUGGAUGGUCUUCCUCGCGGGUGGGCUGGCCAGUGUGUCUGGCAUCCCUGGUGCCAUGAUACGGGCACAGACAUCAAGGCUGGCCACCAGAUCAGAACAGGGAGCCGUGUUCUCGGCGUUCGCGUCCCUGGAGACGGCGUUCAUGCUCGUCACCUCGUCCGUGCUGAACGCGCUCUACCCGGCCACGCUGCCCCACUUCCCCGGCUUCUGCUUCAUCCUGCUGGGAGGGCUCGCCGUCAUCAUGCUCAUCCUCUUGCAGUGGAUCGACAAGGAGUCUCGCUUCCUGCAGGGAGCAACCUCUUCGCCCAGCCACCCCGUGCAGAGGAACGUCAACUGAUCCUGCGCUGCUCCGUCGCGUCCAGGCGUGGCGAUGGUGGCAUCAUGGCGGGUUCUUCAGACCCCUGCUUGUGCCCAAGCUCGCCCUGUGCCACGAUUAUGUAACCCGCUUGUCGCCGCGUGCCAGCACGCCGCAAUACAACUGAGGGACUUUGUACACAGGGCAAUGUGCACAUCAAUGGGAAUUAAAACUAAACUACCUGCACGUGAUUUGUAGCGAUACGGUAUGCGCUCAAGCAUUGUAGUUAAUAUUCAGGUGCCCUACAGAAAUUACAUUCACCAAAAUGUGCCCCCCACCCACCCGCAAGGUUUGACACCAGGGCUGCUUGUAGGGAAAAAUAAACACCAA